GUUGCGCUCCGCUUCUCUGCUGCCCUCUUCUGGCUCGGUUCCGCUAGGGGCCUCGCUGUUUUUAGAUUGUUCCGUUUGGUCAGCUUCGGCUUGGUAUGGCGGUGCGUGCGGCUGCGGGAUCGCCCGCGCAGGGCCUUUUCCUUCUCGUGGUUUGGCCCUAGCAGUCGGGUGGGGCGGCGCAGACCCAUCUGGCGUACCGGAGACUGCGGCCCGGCGUCCCGCCUACGCACCCUGGCAGCCCGGCGUACGGCUGGCUCGCGGGCCUCCGACGACCCUGCGGGCCAGCUCGGUCUCCGAGGCCAUGUGGCCCGGGCCCAGCGCUUCCGGUUCUCGAGGGAGACGGGCUCGGGAGCUGAGGGUGCUGUGCUGGAGAUCCGCGUCCCGCAGGUCCUGCAUCUCCAGUAUGGCAUGUACGUCUGGCCUUGUGCUGUGGUCCUGGCCCAGUACCUCUGGUUUCACAGAAGAGCUCUGCCGGGCAAGGCUGUGUUAGAGAUUGGAGCUGGAGUGAGCCUUCCAGGAAUCUUGGCUGCAAAAUGUGGUGCUGAAGUGAUACUAUCGGACAGUUCAGAGUUGCCUCACUGUCUAGAAAUCUGUCGGCAAAGCUGCCAGAUGAAUAACCUGCCACAGGUGGAUGUUGUAGGGCUGACUUGGGGUCACAUAUCUUGGGAUCUUUUGACUCUACCACCACAAGAUAUUAUUCUUGCGUCUGAUGUGUUCUUUGAGCCAGAAGAUUUUGAAGACAUUUUAAGUACAGUGUACUUUUUGAUGCAGAAGAACCCCAAGGUUCAGUUGUGGUCUACCUAUCAGGUUAGAAGUGCCAACUGGUCCCUUGAAGGUCUGCUCUACAAGUGGGAUAUGAACUGUGUCCAUGUUCCUCUGGAGUCCUUUGAUGCAGAUAAGGAAGAUAUAGCAGAAUCUGCACUUCCAGGAAGACAUACUAUUGAAAUGCUAGUCAUCUCCUUUGGAAAGGGUCUCUGAAUUAUACCCAUAAGCAGUUACCGGAUGUCAAUACCAGAAUCAGGCCACUUUAGCUUCCUGGGAAAAUAGAAUGAGCUUGAAGAUGGACAGAUCUGCUGGUCUUGGACUGUGUCAACUAGACAGCACUAAUGGGAUAACAUCAACCAUUCAAACAAUUAAAGCACAAAGUGUAGUAAGAA